CGAAAGAGGAGUACUUAACCGUCCUCCAAGGCAUCCUCAGGGUUUGUGUAAAGACUCUGGCUCGGAUAGUCGACUAUUCAUAUAAUCAUAUUACAAGGAUCAACUCCCCCAAACAUGGCCAAAGGACACUGCCUCUGCAGGAACAUCGAGGUCACCUCGGAGAUCGAGCCCAAGGCAAUAGUGGCAUGCAGCUGCACCUCUUGCCAAGCCUGCAGCGCGAGCGCGUUUACGAUUAACCUGGUAUACCCGAAAGAUAGCAUUACUGUGAGCAAGGGUAAAGAUCACCUCAAGGUUUUCAAAGAGAAGGCAGAUUCCGGCAAUGAUGUCUUCCGCCACUUUUGUGACAUAUGCGGAAACGCCAUCUAUACGCAGACGGUGGAUGGGACAUUUUUCGUGAAAGGUCCAGUCAUGAAGGGGCUGCACAAUGAUCCUGUUGCGCAUAUAUUCACGAGAAACUUACCUCGCUGGGCAGAGGGAGUCAAGACUGGAGACCGCAAGAAAGACGGUGCUUGAUAUGGCGACAGAUCAAGUCGAGAGUCAUGCAAACACCCUGUAGGAACAGCAAAAUUCAAAAUGCCUUUUGAUAUUUUUUUUGGGGUCUUUUAUUUCUUCUUUUUGCCUAUCCAUGUCCUAUGUCUAUAC